CUAUCCACCCACUACAAGACUAUCCACUACAAGACUACCCACUCACUAUCCACUCACUACAAGACUAUCCACUCACUAUCCACUACAAGACUACCCACUCACUAUCCACUCACUACAAGACUAUCCACUACAAGACUACCCACUCACUAUCCACUCACUACAAGACUAUCCACUCACUAUCCACUACAAGACUACCCACUCACUAUCCACUCACUACAAGACUAUCCACUACAAGACUAUCCACUCACUAUCCACUCACUACAAGACUAUCCACUCACUAUCCACCCACUAUCCACUCACUACAAGACUAUCCACUCACUAUCCACUACAAGACCAUCUAUCCACUACAAGACCAUCUAUCCACUACAAGACCAUCUAUCCACUACAAGACCAUCUAUCCACUACAAGGCCAUCUAUCCACUACAAGGCCAUCUAUCCACUACAAGGCCAUCUAUCCACUACAAGGCCAUCUAUCCACUACAAGACCAUCUAUCCACUACAAGACCAUCUAUCCACUACAAGACCAUCUAUCCACUACAAGACCAUCUAUCCACUACAAGAACAUCUAUCCACUACAAGAACAUCUAUCCACUACAAGACCAUCUAUCCACUACAAGACCAACUAUCCACUACAAGACCAUGGUGUUUACCUACGGAGCAGCAAGGUGAACUGCCUCUCCUUGCCUUCAGGCUCAAACCCUACACCCCAACCUCUCGAGUGGUGCAGCGGUCUAAGGCAUUGCAUCUCAAUGCUAGAGGCAUCACUACAGACCCUGGUUUGAUUCCAGGCUGUAUCACAACCGGCCGUGAUUGGGAGUCCCAUAGGGUGGCGCACAAUUGUCUCACCGUCGUCCGGGUUAGGGUUUGGUUAAAUAAAAAAAUAAAACACCUUGAGUACUCCGUUCUGGUGUCUUGGUCCUCCCACCCCUAGGGGAGUGGCAGCUCCCACUGAGCCCAGUCAAAGCUCUUCUCUGUCCCGGCACCCCAAUGGUGGAACGAGCUUCCUCAUGAAGCUAGGACAGCAGAGUCCCCGUCCAUCUUCUGAAGACGUGUGUACCUCUUCAAAGAGUAUCUUAAAUAAGACAUCCCACUCUUAUUUCCCCUCCAACUUAAAUUAUACUUCUCUUUUCCUACAAGCACUGACCUUGCUGAUAACUACUUCAUUGAGUUAAAAAGGGACUUACUGUUAAAUGUGGUUGUCCCACCUUGCUAUUUUAAGAUGGAUGCACUGACAGUAAGUCACUCUGGAUAAGAGCGUCUGGUAAAUUACUUAAAUGUAAAUCGUAAAAAAAGUUUUAUUUCGAUCCCUGUCUGUUCUCCCAGUACUUCCUGUUUCUUUCGUUGGUUAGUUGAAUUCUCGUCGUUGAUCAGCAUGGUUAACGGGCUGAUGGUUGGUUACCACAGCUACAACGGUCCUUUCGUAGCUCCCAAAGGUCAAGUUAAAGGCAGGUCUUUAGGAGACUGGAGACAUGUGAACAGGAGGUAGAAUAAAGGGAGAGAACUGAACUAGAGCCCUCUGUGACCCGCCUCAGUCACCAACUUCAGUUGAACACAUUAAACAUUAGAAACAGGGAGAUGAAAAGAAUGGAGCACAUCAAAGAACAAGAGAGGCGAAAAGAUGAAAAAGAAGACAGAAUGGGUUGUUGGCCUGGAUGGAUGGAGGAAUGAAUGGAUGAUGGUGUGGGGGUGUCGGAGAGAGAGAACAACAGUGGAGAACAGAGUGUCAUUGUACUUGAACACCAGGCACUGGGAGACACACACACACACACACACACACACGGCUACACACACUGUCACACACGCUUACACAGACACACUGACAGACACACAAGCGUAUGCUUCUACCCACUGCCACACAGACUUGCGCUAGCUGGCAUCUCAGAGGGCAGCCCUCUCUCCAGUCCUGUCCUGUCCUGGGUGUUGAAGCUAGCUGGAUGUUGAAGCUCUUCGCCCCUCUGCAGAAGCCAGCCUGACCUCUCAGGUCCUCGUUCGUACCUGUGGACUGAGCUGAACCUUCCAAGGCCUCUGUCUCUGCCUCCCCCUGAACCAGCCAACCGGUUACCUACAUCCACCUCUGACCUAUACAACCACAGCUCCACAGGACUGCUGAAGAACACGCUGCUUCUCCAACGACUGCUUGGAAGAGGAGAGGAGAUCCAUCACACUACAUCUGAGGACGUUUGGCCUCGUCUGUCCCCAGUUGGCCUCCACAUCAACCAGAGAGAAGGAGAGGGGCAAGAAGAAGAAGAAGGAGGAGGAAGACAUCUGUUUUUCAAGAUUUCGGGGGUGCAUAGACUUUCCACGGCUUGGGACUAUUUUAGUGAGACAAAGAGAAAGGACUUUAACAUCCCAGUUACAACCAACGUGGUACAAAUACUUACAAAAAUCCAGCCAAAUACCGGUAGACAUCGUCAACCGUCACCACAACCGUUACUACUGCCACAACAACAACAACAACAGCCUGACACCUUAACCAUGGCGACCACCGGCAUGCAGCUCCUGGGCCUGAUCUUGUCUCUGGUUGGCUGGGUGGGCGGCUUCCUGGUAUGCUCUGUUCCGCUGUGGCGCGUCACCGCCUUCAUCGGCAACAACAUCGUGACGGCUCAGAUCAUCUGGGAGGGGCUGUGGAUGACCUGCAUCGUCCAAUCAACGGGCCAGAUCCAGUGCAAGGUGUACGACAGUCUCUUGGCCCUGCCCAGCGACAUGCAGGCGGCCCGGGGCCUCACCGUGCUCUCCGUCCUCCUCUGUGGCCUGGCCCUGGCUCUAGGUGUGGUGGGGGUAAAGUGCACCAAGUGUAUUGGUCAGAAUAGUCUGAAGGCUCGUAUUGCAAGGAUCUCCGGCUUUCUGUUCGGCAUCGCUGGGUUUCUCUACCUGGUUCCUAUCUGCUGGACGGCCCACUCCAUUAUCAGGGACUUCUAUGAUCCCCACGUGGCCGCGCCGCACAAGAGAGAGCUAGGCCCCGCCCUAUACCUGGGCUGGGGGGCGUCGGCCUUGCUCCUGAUUGGUGGGUCGCUGCUGUAUGCGGGGUCGAGUCCUCCCGGCAUCCCCGGGUCUCCGACCUUCAGCAGUGACAGCAGCCCCCGUAGAGGACCUGCUGCUCAGGUCAAAGGUUACGUCUGAUCAGAAUGCCACAAAACCCCAUGAUUCUAUGAUUCCAUGAUUCCGAGAUUCUAUGAUUCCAUGAUUCCGCCCUGACAACAUGAAAAACCCUCCUCCUCUCUUAGUAUUUAUACUUUUUAAUACUUUGGAAUGUUAAUGUUAUUAUUAUUCGGUGGUGCUUUUUCUCAUUCUUUCAAAAGAUGCACUAGGAGGUUAUGAAGGGAAUUGUGAAAUCAUUUUGUUAUUUCAUGUGUCCCUGUUGUCCUCCGAUAACCCUACUGUCUGUCAGUCUGUCUGUCUGUCAGUGUAAAACCCAAUAAAAUCAUCAGUCUUUCAAUUCC